AUGGCUAAACGCAUGUGUUUAGCGUUGGCGGGGACACCGUCAGUGCUGCUGUUCCAUUUAGCAGACGACAGCAGCAGCUCGGAGGACGACGACGACGGUCCCGCCUACGAGGCGAUGUUUCGAGAGUUGUUCGAUGCGCCGUGCGCAGUACCAAAAGUCAAGGAAUAUGUUUUGACAGUAGUGAACGCCUACUCCGACAAUGAGUUCCGCAGGAACUUUCGUCUGGCACGGGUGCCCUGCUACGACCUUAUCGACCAGUUUGAGGGCUCGAGCUUUUUUUCAUCGACAUCUCACCACGGCGGAUCGCCCACCAAGACAGCAGAAGAGCACAUCCUUUCAUUCUGUCACAAUCUUUGUCGAACGUUACAGCUCAAUGUGGCACCACUACAUCUUUUUAGGUACGUGGCCAACAAGUCCUCGAUGCGGGAGUGUGCUUUGCUCUUCAACAUGGCAGACUCAAUGUUGGCCGUGAUAGACAGGGUGCUGAAUUUUCUCUGCAGCAUUGCUCUAGCCAUAAUAUGCUUUGCUGCUGACAAAGGUGCCCUGGCCAACGGCUUAAAAAAACGUGCAGGCUUCCCGAACGUGAUUGGAUGCAUCGACGGCACCUACAUACCCACACGAUGUCCAAAUAGCAAGACAAGAUCAACCUACAUAAACAGGCAUGAUCAAGUCUCCAUCACGAUGCAAGGGAUACGCGACGCGAAGGGGAGGUUUCAGGAUGUAUUUACAGGACCACCCAGCAAAGUGCAUGAUGCUCGUGUCCUCAGGCUGUCAGUCGUGCAGCAGGAUUUGCCCACCAUUUGUGCAGUUAACAAAUACCACCUGUUAGGAGAUGCAGCUUACCCCAUCAGAGAGCACUUGCUGACACCCUUCAAAAAUUACGGAACCAUGACGAAAGCUAAAGUCGAAUACAACCAAAGACAUGCUUCAACAAGGGUUGUGAUCGAAAAUACUUUUGGUAUGAUGAAGCAGAGGUUUCGGCAGCUGCGGUAUGUGGAAUUCACGACAGUCGACAAGAUUACCCAGCUCAUCAUAUGGUGCUGUGUCUCACACAACAUUUGCAUGGAUGCUGGUGACAUGAGUGUUGAAGACAUCCUGACUGAUGAAAAGAGGAGAGAACGAAGGGAAGACAUUGCCCUUCAUGCCAGGAAAAGUCGAGCGGAGCUGGAGGCAGUUCGGCAGCCACGGACUGCACGUGACAACGUACUUCGCCAGCUCGGCGAAGCAAAGAGGAACACCAUAGCACAGCUGUUUUGAGGUGUUGCACAGUUUCAAAAAGCUGCCCGACAGCCAUGCAAAUGGACAUCAACGCAGGACAGUGUUUCUGGGUUUACCAUGAUUUAUUGCACAUUUCCAUAAUUUAUCGUAAUAAACAGUUAUGAUGCACCUUAUUUAGGCAACCUAUUGCUUGUUAGCGAGGUCUCUCAGGGUCUGCAUCUGCGCCUUGUGCGCCUGCAGCAGCUCUUGGUGCCGCUCCUCUUUUCGUUUCUCGCGUUCUUCUUUUUUACGUUCUUUCGCAUCA